AUGCUGCCGAUUUUGCUAGUUUCGCUAUAUGUUGUCGCGGUCUCAGCGAAAUACCUCCCCGUGCCGUUGAACAAUUUCUACGGUGCCGAGGUUUACUGUCAAUCGUAUGGGGCGCAUUUGGCUUUCAUGAAUCAACAGGGGUAUCCGGAUGCUUUUACCGGAUUGAGAAGGGGAGCGGAUGGAAGAUGGACAUAUACCGAUGGGACACCAUCUAUUUACGUCAACUGGGCUGCUUUCCAACCUUCAUCCGACAACUGCACGACAAUUGGCAUCGGUGGAUUAUGGUAUUCAGUGCCAUGUGAACAAAUCCAAACGGCCAUCUGCUAUAUCCCAGAUGCGCCUACCGUAGGCCCACCGACCUUGGCGCCCACAAUGGGCCCAGUUUCCUAUCAAUGCCCGACCGGCUGGAGCUACUUUGCGACUAGUGGAGCGUGUUAUUGGGUUGGAUCCAGCAAUACCUUGGAUGCGGCUAGGACUACCUGCAAACAGGUCGGCUCGGACUUGGUGUCAAUUCAUAGCAGCGAGGAGAAUGGAUUCGUUUUGGGCCUCGCCUUCCGCUACACGCAAAACUGCACGAAGGGCAGCCCUUGGUGGUACUCGGUCUGGACUGGAGGAGUAGCCUCAAAUGGAUACAACUACUGGUCUGAUGGGACCCCGUUCACCUACUCGAAUUUCUACGGUCAUGGCGAUCCAACGAGUGGAGCGAUUUAUCUAAUCACCCAAAGCGGCUGCACCGAUUUUUCGCAAUGGCGCAUCACCCCUUCGCAGACGGUGUCGCUGACCAACUUCGUCUGCAAAAAGUGGCCCUCCUAUCGGCUGGAU